UAUAUAGCUAUAGUUGCUAUAGCUCCUUCGCGCAUGAGUCAUUUCACAUUUAAUUUCACAAUCCGCAUCGCUGCAGAGUUGCAGACGGGAGUUAGUUUAGUUUAGUGUCAGACGUCAGAGUAUAGACCAGGUCAUUGUUCAGACCAAUUUUAGGUAAUCGAAGGACAACAACACGUCCUCGAUAAAUUGAUUACCUUUAUUCGUACAGGUACAUUUUACCUGUCAAACAGCUGGAUAAGUUGAAUAUGCAAAAAUAUAUAAAGUGCUUGAUAAGUAAUAUGUGAGAUCGUCGCUGUUGGCGUCCGAUGAUAAAAUAAAAGUGUCCUCAUCAAUAACAAAAACAAAGUCUUCGUUGUGCCUAAAAUAAGAGCUACUGCUGGCGUAGUGUGCAAAAAUUAGGACGGGGAGAGAUAUCCCCAGGAGUCGCGGAUGCCCAUAUUACCAUCAUCACAGCUGACUUUGCACCAGCACAAUGUGCGACGCCGAGGCCGUUGCUCCUGUGGUAUCUGCGCACACCACCUUGGACGAGCUCGACGAUGCGAGUGGCGUCUUGUUCGACAAGACAUCGCACCAGGAGGUCUCGUUCAACGACAGCGACGACAAGACAUCGGGCUCGUGCAGCAACAGCAGUGUCAGUUGUGGGGACGACGACGAAAGCACCUGCGGCAUUUCGCUCCUCGACCUCCCAGUUGAAGUAUUUCUACAUAUUUGUUCGUUUCUGGAUGCAUCCACUUUGGUUCACAGCUUGAGCUUGACAUGCAAGCAAUUCCACAUGAUUCUGACUGAUAAUUCAAUAUGGAAAGUUAGAAUCAGCAAAGUUUGUCAAAACGCCACUUAUCCAAUAUUGCCUUCCAUUGACAAAGAUGAGUUGUUUUGGAAAUUGUCAUGUGUUGCUCUUGAGAGACAAGCAAAACUUUGGCGAAACAAGGACAUCAUGAUGGAAAAAUUGUUACUUAGUAAUGUUCAUUACAGUGCAAUUGACGGACUUAAAUUAAUGCAUGGUGGCCAGAUUUGUAUAUCAGGUGGCAGGGAUCGUUCUCUGGUAAUAAGCAAAUUGUCGGAAGAAGGUGGUCAAAUCGGUUCUACAGCAGUUGCUGAUGCACAUGAUGGGUGGAUUUGGGAUUUGACAGCUAUAAAAGAUACCGUUUAUAGUUGUAGUUGGGAUCGUUGUGUUAAAGAAUGGUUAUUGACUAAUAGUGGAUUACAACCUGUUGUGACUUAUGAAACGAUUGUUGUUGGUGCUUUAUUAUGUGUUACUUCAUGUUCAGAGUUGGGCCUUUUUGCAACGGGCUCUUAUUGUAAAAAUAUAGUUGUAUUUGAUUCACGCAGUGGUUAUAAGCCAAUUGCGAACUAUCAGCCACAUCAUCGAGCUGUCAUAAGGCUGGCAAUGAAUUCAAAUUACAUAAUCUCAGCAAGUGAAGAUAAGACUGUUAAUAUUUGGGACCAUAGGACAAGGAAAUCGAUAACAUCAGUCAUGAUUUCAAAAGAUUCUUUUCCAAUGAGUUUGUGUAUUCAAAAAAAUCUAGUAUACGUAGGUGAUAGCUGUGCAAAUCUCCAUAUAUUAGAUGCAAAACAAGAUUUUGAACGAGUCAAAAGUUACAAGACUGAGCAUGAGAAGAAAAUUACGGGCGUAUAUGUUGAUGCUGGGUGCUUAAUAACUAGUUCCUUGGACAGAAAUGUGCAUAUAUCAAGUCCUACGGAUCCUCUACAAUCAAUGGCAACUUUAAAAUAUAGUAACGGAGAAAUAUCAAGUAUUGAUUAUCUAAAUGAAGUACUUGCUAUUUCUGGCACGGAUGUUAUAGAAAUUUGGCGACCAAAGUAGUGUUCAUAUUAAUUAUGUUUACCUAAUAUUUUUAACAAUUCAAAGAACUAAAAAAUUUUAUAUUUAUAUUGUUUGUAAUCCAAAGUUACAGUACUGACUAAUUUAUGGUACUUGAUUUAUAUUUAUAUCUGAGUUUUGUUAAAACCCUAAUACUCAUAAAGACAUAUUAUAAGCUAUACACAUUCGAUUUAUUAAAUAUUUUGUAAUUGUUUUUGAAAACAAUCUUAUACUUACAUUACUCUUACCCACUGUCCUGACCUCAGCAAUGUACGGAAAAACUCCAAACAAUGUUGUAAAUGAACGUCCUCAAAUAAAAAAAUUAUCUAUCAUAAUAGCAACAUUUAUAAAAAGGUAUCAAAGAUAAAA